AUGCGUGAACAUACACCCAACAACGCCGACAAAGGACGCCAAACAACGCCAAACAACGCCAAACGACGCCGACAAAAGAUACCCAACGACGCCGACAAAAGACGCUCAACAAUGCCGACAAAAUACACACAACAACGCCGAGAAAAUAUACCCAACAACGCCGACAAAAUAUACCCAACAACGCCGACAAAAGAUACCCAACAACGCCGACAAAAGACACUCAACAACGCCGACAAAAGAAACCCAACAACGCCGAAAAAAGACACACAACAGCGCCGACAAAAGAAACCCAACAACGCCGACAAAAGAAACCCAACAACGCCGACAAAACACACUCAACAACGCCGACAAAAGAAACCUUACAACGCCGACAAAAGAAACCCAACAAUGCCGGCAAAAGAAACCCAACAACGCCGACAAAAUAUACCCAACAACGCCGACAAAAGAAACCCAACAACGCCGACAAAAUAUACCCAACAACGCCGACAAAAGAAACCCAACAACGCCGACAAAACACACUCAACAACGCCGACAAAAGAAACCCAACAACGCCGACAAAACACACUCAACAACGGCGACAAAAGAAACCCAACAACGCCGACAAAAGAAACCCAACAAUGCCGGCAAACGAAACCCAACAACGCCGACAAAAUAUACCCAACAACGCCGACAAAAGAAACCCAACAACGCCGACAAAAUAUUCUCAACAACGCCGACAAAAGACACUCGACAACGCCGAUAAAAGAUACUCAACAACGCCGACAAAAGAAACCCAACAACGCCAACAAAAUACACUCAACAACGCCGACAAAAGAUACCUAA